CAUCACCAUCACCAUCACCAACAGCGAAACAUUAUAUGCUUUGGCCUGUCCAUCAUCAAAAAGAUCAGAACUGAAGAGGGUUCUUGUUCUUUUGCUAAUGCAAUCCCUUUGAACAGAAAAGAGUUGGGUUUUUUUUUUAUUAUUAUUCUUGAACCACCCAACUGGUUCUUGGAAAUUCCUUGUAGAUUGUUUUGCGUUUGUGUUAACAGAAGAUUGGCAAGAGUGAGAAAAUGUUGAGCUUUAAGGAGUUUUGGACGAAGAAAACAUUGGUGGCUCUUGGGUUGGGACAGUUUCUCUCUCUCCUCAUUACUUCUACUGGAUUUUCAUCCUCUGAACUUGCUAGAAGAGGAAUUAAUGCACCAACUUCUCAGUCGUUUCUAAACUACGUCUUCUUGGCCAUUGUUUAUGGAAGUAUUAUGCUUUAUCGGAAGCAAGCACUUAAGGCAAAAUGGUACUACUAUGCUAUUCUUUCAUUGGUCGAUGUAGAGGCCAAUUUUCUUGUGGUGAAGGCCUAUCAAUACACAUCGAUCACGAGUGUCAUGCUGCUGGACUGUUGGUCAAUCCCUUCUGUUAUGGUUCUUACAUGGUUUUUCUUGAGCACAAAGUACAGGUUCAAGAAAAUAGCUGGAGUAGUAGUUUGUGUUGCAGGCCUUGUUAUGGUUGUUUUUUCAGAUGUUCACACUGGUGAUCGAUCAGGUGGGAGCAACCCUCGUAAAGGAGAUGCUCUUGUUAUUGCUGGGGCAACGCUGUAUGCUAUCAGUAAUGUCAGUGAGGAGUUUCUUGUAAAAAAUGCUGAUAGAGUUGAGCUCAUGUCGCUUCUGGGCUUUUUUGGUGCCAUAAUCAGUGCCAUUCAAAUAAGUAUUCUGGAGCGCAACGAAGUUAAAGCCAUUCACUGGUCAGCUGGGGCAGCUCUUCCGUUUUUUGGAUUUUCAGUGGCAAUGUUUCUGUUCUACUCUUUAGUCCCGAUCUUGCUUAAGAUUAGUGGUUCCACGAUGCUCAACUUGUCUUUGCUGACAUCAGACAUGUGGGCUGUUGUGAUUCGCAUCUUUGCUUAUCAUGAGAAGGUUGAUUGGAUGUACUUUGUCGCCUUCGCUGCUGUUGCUGUUGGGUUGAUCGUUUAUUCUGGGGGUGACAAGGAAGAGGAUCAACACCAUGCUGAUGCUGGUGAUGAAGAUGUGGAAAGAAGUAAACAUUUCGACGAGGAGGCUUGUUCUGGAAACCGCGGUCAAAAAACCAUCCCUGGGAGCUCAAAAACCAGGGAUAGUAGUAAGCCUGAUAUUGCUAGCACCAGCAUUGCAGAUGAGCAAGACAUUGAGAGCAAGAAUGUGGGAAAAGAUGUGUGGGGGAAGAAGUCAUAAUAAGGCACUAGACGCAGAUAAAACUCGAAAAACGAGCACAUGGGAAAAGUCUCAGGAGCUAAAAAUCGUAAUGCAGGAUCUGCUUUCAGGGAUUAGAAAGAGCGCACGUAUCACUGCUGCUCCAACAAACUAUAGGUGUCAGCUAAGUUGGGGGUAAUGGUUAGCAGAAAAGUAGGGGGGGUCAAUAAUCACCAAUUUGCAGCUUGAAGUAAUUUUUUAUGCAUAAUUGCAGUCCUUAUUUUCGUAACUUUUUACGUUGUAUUACACGUUGUUGCCUUACUCAUAUCAUCGGUCAAAAUCUAAAGUAUAUUCUUAACCUCUCUUAAUGUUUAGAAUGUUUUGGGAUUUGUUUCACCAACUUGACAAGUGGUUUCAUGUCAGAAAACUUUUUA